CGCUCGUCAGACUUGUUACUGUGUUUAACAUCGCCUUGGUUAGCUGCACGGAUAAUGGAGGUGCUCUACAUUUGCUAGACCUUAUUCUUAACCAUUUAAUAGUACACUUUUUUUUCUUUUUUUUUUACAGAAGAUGGAGAAAUAAUCCCACGCAUUUAAAUAUAAGUUGAACACUGCCUUACAGGUGGCUCCUGACUGAUAGCCUUUCCAGAUCAUAGCAUGAAUCAAUAUCAGCAGCAGCCUGGCCGAUCCAACCUAUACAGUGCCGUGAAAACUGAGAGCUCGCCAACUCCGCCCCUCACCACCGGCAUGGCCAAUAGCACCGCUGUUCCUGGGAAAGGCCUGGGAACCCCUGGGCCUGCUGGGAGAGUGAGUCCUGAAGGAACUCAGGUGCUCAGUAAGAAGAAGCUGCAGGACCUUGUGCGGGAAAUUGACCCCAAUGAGCAGCUUGAUGAAGAUGUCGAGGAGAUGUUGCUUCAAGUUGCUGAUGAUUUUAUAGAGAGUGUCGUGACUGCAGCCUGUCAGCUCGCCCGUCACCGCAAGUCUAACACUCUAGAAGUAAAGGAUGUGCAGUUGCACCUUGAGCGUCAGUGGAACAUGUGGAUCCCUGGCUUUGGCUCAGAUGAAAUCCGACCGUACAAAAAAGCAUGCACUACAGAAGCACACAAACAGAGAAUGGCAUUGAUCCGCAAGACGACCAAAAAAUAGGAAGAAUGCAGAAGACUGACGUUUUUCUUGCUCUUUUUAUUUUGCUCUCUGGGUUUUGGCAACUGAGGAGAUUUUUCUUUUCUUUUCUUUUUUCUUUUUGGAAAAGCAGACUGAUGGAUGCACUGUUAACAUCACCGUUAUCAGCUGCUUCUAAUAUUUUACCUUUACAGAUCUCAAUCAUUUGCCCAAACUGUUUAAAAUGUAAUUUGUGUUCUGUUCUUGCUAUGAUUUAUAAUAAUAGACUGUACUGUUAUAGGCCUAAAUUCUAUAACAGAUCUCAGAUGCUGCAGAAAAAAAAAACAUCAGCUCACUGUGGCCAUUUUUUUUAAAAUAGCUAACAUGAAGUUGUGUAGAAAGUGUAUUUUGCUGCAUAUUCAUCAUUACACACUUCUAUAUUUCUCAUUUCUGGAGAUCAGCGUCUUUUCUUGGGCGAAUUAUUGCAUUUUUCAUAGAGUUGAUUACUUCCUGUAGUUGUAAGGAAUAAACUUUUGGGCACAGGGUGAGUUGUUAUGGCUGCCGCCCUGAUUCACUAAUGUAAUGUGUAGGAUGUGUCCACAGGUCAUUAUUAAUUCAAGUUAGAGAAGAUUUGGACAAUAUUUAUAAAGGAAAUAUACGUUUGUUGCAUAAGAAAAAGAAGUGUACACAGUUGACUUUCUUCAAGUCUGCUUUGACUGACAUGUUUUUGACUGGGGAGGGGGGGGGGGGAUAUUUUAUUUUUUUUCUUUUUGCAAUGGCUUAUCCACCCUUUUAAUGGCUCACUCAAAGUAUGUCAAAUUAAGGUGCUAUUAUUUGCUUCUACAGUAGACACUGAUAAUGUUGUAAUCUUUUGGACAUGUCGGUUGCAUAGCAAGUUAAUUUUCCAUCCAAAAUUGCUAUUUGGUUCUAUCUAACUUGGCUAGGUUUUCAUCGUCACUGUAGUUAAUAAUAAAUCUGACAUUUUGUUUGCGUGGGCAAGUGAAUGUUAAUAUGCAUUUCUGUUUUAUAGCUUGCAGAAAUGCUUAUUAUUCGAUUGAUGGUAGUUGUGCUUGUCAUGGUGGUGUAUUGAGGCUUUCUGUAUUGGAGCUGUAUUAUGUUCCAUCGGGGACUUCAUAAUAUGCAGUACUUUUCUUAGUACUUAAGUAACAUUGGUCUUUUGCAGAUUUUUAUUUUUCUUUUUUUGCGCAUUAUAUUAAGUGUUUGACACGUUUGAUUUGCUUUGUUGAGGUCACACAUGGCAUGUGUUUAUUGCAGUGUUUGUAGUGUGUAGUCCUGAUGUAGGAUUUGUUUCACAGUACUGCAGUCAUAGUGUAGCCAACAUAACCACACAGAUGUCAGAAGGCUUAUGUUCAUGGGGUUGGGUUUUUGUUUUUUUUGUGGGGUUUGUAAAAAAAAAAAUUUUGGACGAGUAUCACGGUUCUUUAUAAGCUUGUCAUUUUCUUUUUUUUUCCCCCAAAAUAAAAUGAUUUGAUUAUCUACA